AUGAUACCAUCCGAGGUGGACUCUCCCGAUGCAAUCUCGUCAGGCAGCCCAAUGGGUGUAAAGCAUGCCGCAGUGCGUAAACUUGGGCAUGAGUUGGGCAUCCCGAAGUCUCAGCUUGAUGCGUCCCGCUUUAAGUUCAUCACCAGGGUGCACUACUGGGCCGCAGAUGUUGGCACACAUGGCGCCGAGGCCCCCUGGGGCGAGCACGAGAUCGAUUAUCUGCUGCUGUACAAGCUGAGGCCAGGCGAGGUACUAGAUAUCAUGCCGCACCCCGACGAAGUGUCCGCGGUGAAGUGGCUGGCCCGCGAGGAGCUGAGGGAGGCCAUUGGAGGUACCGGCCCCCUCGCCCAGGAGUUGCGGUCCUGGUCGCCCUGGUUCCGCGUCAUCGCCCAGAGCUUGCUCGACCCUUGGUGGGCGGACCUCGACGCGGCGAUAGCCACGGACAAGUUCGUGGACGUCUCCACCAUCUUAGGCGCGGCGCCCAGCCUGGACGCCGCGAUGGGCGCGGAGCGCGCCGCGCUCCGGCAGGGCGGCGAGGACGCGCAGCGCCGCGCCGCGCUCGCCGCGGAGCGCGAGGACCGCCUCGAGGGCCUCGCCGACUUCGAGGCAGCGGGCGACCAGGCUCUGGCCCGUGCCGUUUCCAAGGUCGGCCGGCUGCUGCGCCCUUUGGAGGCGGCCCCUGCGCCGCGGCUCGAGCUCGGGGGCCUCCUCGCGGACAACAUGAGAGCGGCAUCCAGGGGAAACCCCGACAUAGCCCGCUGCGACGACAUGCUCGCCAGCGUCUCGCGCUCUGUGGCAGCCGUGGUCAGGCAGCUGCCCCCUGGCCUGUGCCUCGAUGUCUGCGUUCUCUGUCUCGCCCUGUGUGCCCUGUGCACCGUCGAGGGAGACACCGAGAGGUACAGAGGCCGCGAGCACGCGAAGGAGACCGAGCUGCGAGACUUCUGCGAUCAGCUUUUCACCGACGACGACCGCGGCAUUCAUAGCAUCGGGGCUGGCAACGAGGCAGCUCUCCUCCGUAAUUUCGGAGCCGUAUCCAGGAUAUACAAGACGCUCCCAGAGGGUUCCCGCGGAGUCAUCUGGGACACUGUGAAUAAAGUGGGUGCAGGCAUGGCCGAGCAUGCGACCGCCGACUUGGGCCAAGGUACAGUCGACCAGGCUUCAUACGACCGCUACUGUCACAUGACUGCUGGCUCGGUUGGCGAAGGAUUCACGAGACUUUUUGUUGCACGAGGUGUGGAGGCGGAUGCUAUCAUGGCAUCUGGCGAGCGGGUUUGGCCGUUCUGCGCCGACGCGGCCAAGGAGUGUGCAGAUCUCGGGUUGGCUCACUCCAGCAGUCUGUUCCUGCAGAAGGCGAGCGCGAUCCGCGACUACCUGGAGGACUACGUGGGCGGCCAGGCAGUCUGGCCGCAGAGCGUGUGGAGGAAGCAUGCCAAGACCCGGCGACCUGGGCGAGUUUGCGCGGCCCACCGCCCACGGCGCCGGCCGGUGGGCCCCCCUGGAGGGUGCCGGCGGAGAGGUCGCCGGGAGAGGCGCCGGCGAGCAGGCCUUAGUGUGCCUCAACGAGCUCGUGGCGGACGCGCUGGAGCUGGUGCCCGACUCCCUCGAGUACCUCUGCUGGGCCUUUUUCAUGUUGAUGCCAUUAUUCGUUCCCCUGAUCAUGGCCAUGGCGACUCUUGCGCGGUGCUUCAACAACCCCAGGCUCUUCACCGGGGCCGUCGAGGUCAGGAGGAGCCUCGCGGCACGCCUCGUCAUCGCAGCCGUGGAUGGACCAUGUGUUGUCAAUUGGUGGUUUGGAAAAAUGGCUCGCGAGCUGGCAGAGUCCGUUCGCAAAGGCACCUGCGCUGGCGCCAGCGGCCCUAUCGCGUCGGGAAACAAAACAUGGCAUAAAACAUUAGCUUUCGGAGAUCCGCGCGGACCUCUCGCGUCGGCGCUGGACCCCCGUCCUCGGCGCGCGGGACGCGCCAGGGGCGGCGCCGCCGGCGCCCCCAGGGGGCCCCA